AUGCCUCCUAAGAAUAGAAAAUUUGAAUGUGGAAAUGAUAAACGUAAGAAAAAGAAAAAAAUUGAAGAUGUGCCCAUUGAAAAUGAUAAUCUUAAUAGUGUGCCCAUUGAAAAUGAUAAUCUUGAUAGUGUGCCAAUUGUUGAUGAAGUUAAUAAUGAUGAUGAUGUCGAUGAUGAUGAUGAUGAUGAUAAUGUUGAUUAUGAUAUAUUUGAUCCAAGAAAUUGGGAUCGUCUUCAACCUAAACUGAUUGAUUUAUUAGUUGUGAAAGAUCCUAAAAGAGAUAAUUCUAUUAUGAAGGGUCCUAGAGAUAGUUUGAAUAGACAUUUUACGGCUAAUUUGUAUACUAGAGCUUUAGCAAAUGGAGAGGAGAAAUUGUACGAAGAUAGCAAUGGAAACUUUUUGGGUUUGAUUGAAAUGUUAGCUGAAUUUGACCCAAUCAUCCAAGAACAUGUUAGACGUGUUACAACUCAAAAAGUUCAUAUUCAUUAUCUUAGGCAUAACAUACAGAAUGAGUUGAUUUCAUUGCUUGGUUCUGCGAUUAAAAUUGAAAUCAUUAGAAAAAUCAAACAGGGGCUUUUUGAUGUUUUACAAAAUGAAUUGAAAGAACUUGGUCUCGACCUAUUUGACGUGAGAGGGCAAGGUUAUGAUAAUGGGUCCAAUAUGAAAAGAAAACACCAAGGUGUGCAAAAGAGAUUUUUAGACAUAAAUCUGAGAGCCUUUUAUACUCCUUGUGGUUGUCAUAGUCUUAAUUUGGCAUUGUGUGAUAUGGCUAACUCUUGUAUUAAAGCUAUGAAUUUUUUUGGAGUUGUUCAACGCAUUUAUACAAUUUUUGUCAAUUCUACUAAGAGAUGGCAAAUUUUGAAAGAUAAUGUAAAAGGGUUGACUCCAAAAUCAUUGUCAUCCACUCGUUGGGAGAGUCGUGUAGAAAGUGUCAAAGCUAUAAGAACUCAAAUGUUAGAAUUUACAGAAGCUUUGCUUGAAGUGUCAGAAAAUGAUCUUGAUCCUAAAAUACAAAAUGAAGCUAAAUCCUUAGCAACAAAUGAGCUUGGUGAUUUUGAGUUUUUGAUGGCUAUAAUUUUUUGGUUUGAAAUAUUAUCUGCAAUUAAUUCUGGGUUGAUUUUGUAUUUUGAGGGACAUAGAGAAAUAGGUUUUUAUAAGGUAUUGAUUAACGCUAAGGAAAUUGCGGUGGAAUUGAAUAUUGCCACAAUAUUUCCUCAAAGGCGUAUAAUUAAAAGAAAAAGGAAAUUUGAUGAGAAUUUGAAUAUCCCAUCAGUCAAGCUAUCAGAAGAAGAAUCAUUCAGGGUUAAUUAUUUUCUUUACCUUGUUGAUCAAGCUGUUGUUUCUCUUAAUAAGAGGUUUGAGCAAUACCAAGAGUAUGAAAGUAUUUUUGGUUUCUUGUUUACUUAUCACAAAUUACAAUCAUUAGAUGACGCAACUUUGAAGUCUUGUUGUACUAACUUUGAGCAGGCAUUGAAACAUAAUGAGCAAUCUGAUAUUGAUGGGAAUGAUUUUUUUGCAGAGUUGAAGUUACUAAGAGAAAUGUUGCCUGAAGAAAUCAUAAGACCUACUGAUAUAUUAUUAUUUUUAAAAGGCUUGGAUUGUUUUCCUAAUACAGUUAUUGAAUAUAGAAUCUUAUUGACUAUUCCUGUGACAGUUGCUUCUGCAGAAAGAAGUUUUUCAAAAUUGAAGUUGUUAAAGACUUACUUGCGAUCUACCAUGUCACAAGAAAGGCUUAAUGGAUUGGCAUUAAUAGCUAUUGAAAAUGAUAUUUUGGAGACAAUAAAAUAUGAAGACUUAGUUGACGAUUUUGCUUCAAAAAGUGUUCGUAGGAAGGCUCUUUUUAUGUAG